AUUUAAAAAAAUUAUAAACAAAGCUGUUAUUGUUGGGCGUUGGCAAUUGGUUUGAUUCAGCUGAUAAUUUCAUUGAUUAAAGAACUGAUAAGCACUCUGUUUGUCUAGCGGCGUUGUACUAAAUUAAAUUGGGCUACGCUGAUAAAAAAUCGAAUGAAGUUAUUCUCUAUGAAAAGUGGAAACAGUAGUGUGAUCGUGACUUAAAAGUUUUUUUUUUAGUUUGUUUCUGUUGUGUUUUACCAUGUUUUUAUUAAAUAAGUGAUGUAUUACACUGUUUAUACGAUCCUGAUAUCCAUAUUUAAUCUUUUUAGUACUACUUUAAUUCAAAAAAAUGCGUUAAUUGAAACACUUGGGGUGUAAGUAAUAUGAAUCAUCGUUGUUCGUGAUCGGGCUGAGCGUGCGAAAAUGGAUCGAAAAGCGGUUUUUAUUUUGUUUCUUAGCGUGUCUGUAAAGUGUCAAUCUAAUAAGGAUUUAUACAAUGGUCAGUUUAAUAAGGAUUAUUAUAAUACACGGACCCAAGAUUCUAUGAGAGAUCAUAGAAUCCCUAAUCCAGGCGACAGUGAUUAUAGAACGUAUGUGUACAAUAAUCGAAGAUAUGGGGCAGAUCCGUCAAGAUACAAUCCAUAUAAUCCAAAUAUUAAUCAGCCUGGUGGAUUUCCAUACAAUCCAAUUGUAACCAACCCUUUAGAUGAGCAGUUUAAGUUUAAUGCGAACCGUGACCCUAACAAUCCAGAUGCAUUGUUUCCUGGUGUUCUUGGUGGAUGGCGAGAAGACCUACAAGGCAAAGAGAGAAGAGAUUCAAGACAAUUGAAAAGAGACAUCUUUGUCAAUACUAACUAUGGACAAGUACAAGGGUUUAAAGUUUAUGUGUAUGAUAAUCCAGAUCCAGAUUCUGGAUACAGACCGUGGCUUACUCCAGUAGAGAGAAUACAGGGUGAGGCAUCAGUGUUUUUAGGAAUACCAUACGCAAGGCCGCCUGUACUUGAAGGCAGAUUCAAGCCUCCACGUCAGCACCCAGGGUGGCAGCUUAUUCAAGCAGUAGACUGGGGUCCAGCUUGUCCACAGCCAGUUAGAUUUACUGGUGCUACAAAAGGUGUACGAGAUAUGGAUGAAGACUGUCUCUAUUUGAAUAUUUUCUCGCCCAAUACCGAAGCUGGUUCAACAGCUCAAAAGUACCCAGUGAUGGUAUACAUUCACGGAGGUCAAUUCACUUCUGGUGCAUCCAAUCUGUUUCCAGGACAUAUGUUGGCUGCAUUCUAUAAUGUUGUUGUUGUAUCUUUUAACUAUAGGCUUGGCGCUUUGGGAUUUUUAUCAACUGCAGAUGAGAAUUCUCCCGGUAACUAUGGUAUCUUGGACCAAGCGGUAGCUUUGCGUUGGGUUCGGGAUAAUAUUGAGCCCUUCAAUGGUGACAGUGGAUCUAUAACUCUCUUCGGGGAAGGUGCUGGUGCAGCUUCAGCUGGGUUGUUGGCUGUGGCGCCUCAGACUAGGGAUAUUGUUACACGGAUAAUUGCACAGAGUGGUUCGGCGCUUGCUGACUGGGCGUUGAUCGAAGAUAAAUUCAGAGUUCAGAACACAUCACUUGUGUUUGGUAGACUUUUGGGAUGUCCCAUAGACUCCUCGUGGAAACUUGUCAACUGCCUUCGUCAGGGAAGGAGUUUUCACGAGCUGGGCAAUGCAGAAUUUCAGCCCCAAGUUGGAUUCAUCCCCUGGGGUCCAGUACUCGAAAAUAACUUCACGUUUCCUGGAGACGGCUGGUAUGAAGGCUGGCGGGAGAGGGACUGGCAUUUCUUGGACACUACUCCAGAUCAGCUCAUCGCCAGACGCCAGUUUAACCCCGCCUUGAUGUAUAUGACUGGAGUUACUACACAGGAAGCGGCUUAUUAUUUGUACAAUAACAAUUCUCUAGCGCCUACAUACGAAAUAUCAGAACAGUGGUUCAAUAAUAAAGUCCAAGAGCUGGUCCUUCGGUACAACUACACACUAAACCCUCGCGGUGUGUACGAAGCCAUUCGGUAUAUGUACACAUAUCAUCCGGAACCGCAUAAUGUUAGCGCUAUACGAGACCAGUAUGUGCAUCUCCUCUCGGACUUCCUUUACCGCGCUCCGACUGACAAAAUAGUUAAGCUAUUCUUAGAACAAAAGGUUCCCGUAUAUAUGUACGUGCUCAAUACAACAGUAGAGGCCUUCAAAUUACCCGAGUGGAGGCAGUAUAGCCAUAAUCUUGAACGGGUUUUCCUCACGGGUGCCCCUUUUAUGGACCAAGAGUUCUUUCCGAUGAGGCAAAGGAUCGAUAGACAAGCCUGGACACCAAAUGACAGAAAUAUGAGCCAUUUCUUUAUGAAAGCUUAUUCUGAUUUCGCGAGAUUCGGGAAUCCGACCCGUAGCCGAAUUCUGGGCGUACAUUUCGAAAAGGCUGAAGCUGGACAACUCCGUUAUUUAAACUUAAAUACAACCUAUAACUCCACUAUACAGCUCAACUAUAGACAGACGGAACUCGCUUUUUGGACUGUGUAUUUGCCCACUGUCGUUGGGAGAUUUGUGCCAACAUAUCCUCCUAUAACUGAGUACUGGUGGGAGCCAAAACAGCCCCUUCAGAUCGCAUUCUGGUCUGUCUCUAGCGCUUGUCUUCUCUUAAUAGUGCUUUUGGUCGUCUGCUGUAUGUUAUGGAGGAAUGCUAAAAGGUCUAUUCCGCCAAAAUGGAAGCUUAUACCAGCAAUAGAAACCGACCGCUUCUACAACGGUGAUAUAUUUAUGGUGCCCGAGAUAGAGGAAAGUGGUAUAGAUAACACAAAUCGAUCCAGAGAUAAUAUCUAUGAGUAUAGAGAUGUGCCGAUAAAACGAUCUCAAACACCACAAACCACGAUUACCAGAACAUUAAGCCAACCAGCAACCUUACAAUCGUCGCGUCCACCAUCCGAAGCAUCAACAGAAUCCGCCAUAUCCCUCAAAGAAAGCAUGGUCUCUCGUACUCCAGACCCUCGUAUAACGCCUGUGCCUAGAGCUAGGUCUAGGACUAAAGUUGUCGAUGGGGUACCACAGACUACGGUGUAAUAAUCUAUGGUAAAAUUAUAUAGAAUAUGAACAAUAAAAUCCUAAGCUAGGACUAAACUUGUCGAUGGUGUACCACAGAUAGUGUCGUAUCUCUGGUUACCAUAGAGAAUAACAUACACGUAUUUGACUUUUUGUAGUUGUAUAACUUUUUCUUAAGUAAAUAGUAGUGCAAGAAGAACAAUCGAAAGAGUAAAAGCGUUAUUAGAAUAUUGAACCUUUGACUUCAAGUAAUAGGGUAUAAUAAUUUAGUAAUUUAGAAACAUAUAUUAUGGUAUAUAAUUUUUCGACAUUUCGACGCUACGAGCCUGAGAUUAAAAUUACCACUUAAUUUAGGUUCCAGUUACUAAUAGAAAUAAUCGGCUCGUAGCUUAAUGACAAUUUGAUAUAUAAUUUGAGGGUAGAAACAAAUCUUAGACUUAUUGCAACCACCGCUAGUUUGUAAUUUAUCUAAUAAGAUCUCGUAUAAGUGUAGCUAUUAUAUUGCUUUCUUAAUUAUUAUUUUUUAU